AACGACAUGGAUAUGGACUAGACAUGGCGGCUUGCAUGUUUCCAAAAAUUAAUAUUUUUAGAUUGAAAAUUGUUCCUCCAAGCCACUGGACGCUUCUUAACCGGUCACCCUACACACGGCUGGCGGAAGUUGGUCGUUUGGAAACCCCGAAGUCGGAAGGCAAAUAUGACACCGGACAGUUGUUUCUGCACCGGGUGUUCGGCUAUCGAGGCAUCACCUUAUUUCCUUGGAUGGCGCGUGUCUACGAUAGAGACGUAUCCAGCAAACGAGGGGAGGAGAACAGCGAGGGUUUCAACCACGUUGGCCGAGAGGUGAAAGGCAGGACGCACACUUACUACCAAGUGCUAAUCGACUCGAGGGACUGCCCGUUUGUGAGGACCCAGACAGAGGCAGUCACAUUCCUGGGAAGUCAAGACAACAGCCGUUCCCUCUAUGCAAUACCUGGCCUGGACUACGUGGCUCACGAGGAUGUUCUACCAUACACAGCUACGGAACAGCAGCCCAUCCAGCACGAACUCUUCGACAAGUUCUUAAUGGUCGAUCCAGAUAAGGAUCCCCCACUGUGCGCACGUGACACGCUUCGUGCCUGGCAGGAAAAGAACCAUCCCUGGCUGGAGCUGUCGGACGUGCAUCGCGAGACCACAGAAAGUGUGCGGGUCACUGUCAUCCCGUUUUACAUGGGCUGCCGGGUCGCGCAGAACACGACAGUUUACUGGUGGAGAUAUUGCAUACGCCUGGAGAACUUGGGUGAUCUAGCUGUCCAGCUCCGUGAGAGACACUGGCGAAUCUUCAGCCUCUCUGGUACGCUGGAGACCGUGCGAGGUCGUGGCGUGGUUGGGCAAGAACCCAUCUUGUCUAAAUCUCAGCCUGCAUUCCAGUACAGUAGCCAUGUCAGCUUACAAGCACCGAGUGGACACAUGUGGGGCACUUUUCGCAUGGAAAGAGAAGACGGCUUCACCUUUGACUGUCGAAUUCCCCCAUUUUCCCUCGAGAGCAAGCAUGAACCAUCUUCAACUGCGUAGCGGAUCCGAGCACUGGCUUUCAAAGCCAGAAACACUAGGAAGAUCCCUUUUAGAGGAACAGCUGGUGCCACGUUGAGGUGUUGUACAGAAGAAGAGUGGUCCUUGAGGCUAGAUGAAACUCAUUUGGAAAACAAUUGUUGCCUGUAUCAAUAAAGCUGCUCUUCUGGUCUCUUACAGAACAAGC